AUGAGAUCCAGUCUUUCGUGCGAAUUUUGUCGGCGGAGCAAGGUCAAAUGCGUCAACAGCGGAACUCCGCCAUGCAGCAAAUGCGAAAAGUCGGGAAGAUCCUCCUGCGCGCUGACUAGGCCGCAUGUCACAUCUACUAGACGGGCGGCUAAACAGGCGCGGAGAGCGACGGAGGAGGCGCCGCCAAUACCACACGAUCACCAUGUCGACUCCCAGCGGCGUCUGGUCUCCGCACCCCAAUCUCGGGGUCCAGCGUCCCCCUCGGGGAUGGGUUUCCGAGAUGAUCGGGAGGAAAUGGACAGGCAUCUUGAACAGAUCCCCAAAGACGUAGUGUUCGUCGCACUGGAGGCUUUCUGGCGCAAAUUUCCCGAACUCCGUGUCAUCCACCCAUCUUCGUUCAUGCAGUCUUUCAGAUCAACCUGUCCGAGGGAAUGUAAAGCAUUGCUGGCAACCGUACUUGCAAUGACCAAGACCCAAAAACCGGGCUCGGAUCGACUGCGAACGCAGCUCGUGCAUGUCAGCGAAAGGUAUGCGUCUUAUGCGUGCGACGUCUUGGCAGCAUGCAUACUGCAGCCGCCAGAUGUAACGGUCAUACAGGCACUGCUCAUACUGACGCUGUAUGAAUGGGGCACACGCAACUUCCACAAAGCCUGGAUGCAUUGCGGUAUCGCGAUCCGUAUGAUGCAGCUGCUUCACAGUUCAAGAGUUGCGCCUUUCCCUCUCGAGAUCUCUCACCGUAACGAGUCAAAUAGCCUCACCCCCGCCAUCGAAACAAGGACAUUCUGGGCGUGCUUCAUAAUGGACUGCAUGGUCAGCUCUGGUACAUAUAAUCCGCGUGUACUGCCGAAACCAGAAAUGGCCAAGCUCAAUGUCCCGCAGCCGCCCACCUCCACGGAAUUUGCCCUUGGAGCAGGAUCUUCAGCGCAGUCUGAGCAGCCUGACGAAGGCUCGGCCUCAAAUGGGGCAGAUACGUUUGUUUACCUCCAUCUUGAUCGAAGCUUUGGCAUCAUGGCGGACGGUUUUGACAUUUACUCCGACAUAAUGGCCUUUGUCUUCAACGAAGGGCGCAAAGCGCCGGGCAUGUGUCUGCCCGAGAACUGUCCUUGGGUACCAACAUCUCCGGUGGCGUGUUGGCGCCGCAGACUUGAAGAUUGGAGGUUGAAACAGCACCGUCGGUUGCAUUUUCCCGACAAUAGUGUCGCGGCGCAUGCAACUUUGGGAUACGGAGAAUCGUUUGUUUAUCUCAACUUGCUCUAUUACCAAAGCAUCAUAAUGCUCCAGAGAGAGUACUUCCCCUUUUUACCCACUCUAGACAUGACCCCUCAGGGGCCGAUUGACCCACCCAUCCUGGAGGCUGAAGCUCCUCCAGGUUGGUGGGAGCAGAGCGCCAAAGAAUUGUUCGAAGGAGCUGCAAAUCUUGCAAGCAUCCUCCAAGAGGCUUCGGAAUGCGGCGUGGCAGUCAUGACUCCCUUUGCAGGCUUUUGCGCUUUCUCUUCAUGUUAUAUCAAUCUCUAUGGCUUCAGAUUCCCACGUAUCACUUGUGGUUAUGGUACAAGAGCCGAGGAGCUGAUGAACUCGAGCAUUGAAUAUCUCAAAGAGUUUCGAGAGGUCUGGGACCUCGGCGAUGGUUGGCUGAAAACUAUCCAGAACGGCUCUCUGAUGUACCAAAGGGCAACUUCGGACGUUCAGAGAUAUCGUGGCCGAUCCCGGUUCGACUUCAGCGUCCUGCACCAAUCCGUGCACGAGUUCCGGGUUGUGGAUAGGUCGGCAGAGCAUCUAGAAGAGAUCAACAAUGUCGAGAGAAGCCCAAUCGGCGCUGCGCAAGGGGAUUUACCAACCGAGAAGCAGCGAAACAACAGCAUCGGCCUGAACGUUCAAACUUUGGUAGACGCUACGGGGACCAUAGAUGACCAGGGUCUUUGGCCCAAUUGGUGGUCGAUGCUAGAAGAUGUUAAUGCUUCGGAGCUGUUUGCUCUAACUUGA